UGACAUUAGACGCCAAUCAACAUCCAACAAUCUCAUCCUCUCCACUCAAAUUCCCUAAGCACACACCACACACAACAAAGUACAUCUCCAUUCUUGUAUAUUGCCCUUCCUUUCAUUUCAUAAUGUCUAUAAUACCACUCAUAUUCCUUCCUCUACCCUCCAGAGAAUUACCUUUCUUCUAGAUAAGAAGACCUUGUUUGGGAAAUUCACAAGGUCAAAUAUUUCUUGGAUUAACAUUGCAUACAAAUUUAUUUGAUUUGAGUGAGGUAGAAAUCUUUCUGUACUUGCCAUGGUGGAUCGUGGUCUAGACAAAACUACAACAUCUGCUAGUGACUUGUCUGUGAAGAAGCAAGAGCUUCUAUCUAGUGCCAUGAAAAGAACAAGUGACUGGAUUUUUUCUCAGGAGAUUCCAAGUGAUGUCAAUGUCCAAAUUGGUGAAUCUUCCUUUACUUUACAUAAGUAUCCAUUAGUCUCCAAGUGUGGAUACAUUCGGAAACUCGUCUCAGAAUCUAAUGACUCGGACGUGUCCUUUGUUGAACUCUCCGAUGUUCCUGGUGGAGCAGAAGCAUUUGAACUAGCAGCAAAAUUCUGCUACGGUAUAAAUUUCGAGAUAAAUGUGGAAAACAUCGCUAUGCUUCGAUGUGUGGCCGAAUAUCUUGAGAUGACAGAAGAUUAUUCAGUUGGGAACUUGGUGGCAAGAACUGAUGCAUAUUUGAAUGAUGUAGCACUAAAAACCAUUGCAGGUUCUGUUUCAAUCUUACAUAUUUCAGAAAGCCUUCUUCCAAUAGCAGAGAAAACAAAAUUGGUGAGCAAAUGCAUAGAUGCAAUUGCUUAUAUUGCUUGCAACGAAAGUCAAUUGUGUACAUCUGUAAGAAGUGAAAGUGGCUCCGACGGAGUGAUGUCGUCUUCUGUAUCAUCUCAACAGAGACCAGUUGUUGAUUGGUGGGCUGAAGAUCUAACUGUUCUUAGAAUUGACCUUUUUCAAAGAGUUCUAAUAGCAAUGAUGGCUAGAGGGUUUAAACAGUUUGCUAUUGGUCCUAUUCUAAUGCUCUAUGCACAGAAAUCUCUACGAGGUUUGGAUAUAUUUGGAAAGGGAAGGAAGAAGAUUGAACCAAGACAAGAGCAUGAAAAGAGGGUUAUUUUAGAGACAAUAGUGAGCCUAUUACCAAAAGAGAAGAAUGCAAUGUCAGUAAGCUUUCUAUCUAUGCUGCUACGUGCAGCGAUAUAUCUUGAUACAACAGUUGCUUGCAGGCUUGAUUUGGAGAAAAGAAUGGCAAUGCAAUUAGGACAAGCUGUUCUGGAUGAUCUUCUCAUUCCUUCAUAUUCAUUUACCGGGGACACGUUAUUCGAUGUGGACACGGUUCAAAGGAUCAUGAAUAAUUACCAAGAAUCUCAAAUUGGAAACCACUUUGUCUAUAAUGGUGAUGAUGAAUAUUUUUCUCCUCCACAAAGUGAUAUUGAACGGGUUGGAAAGCUAAUGGAAAACUAUCUUGCUGAAAUAGCAACUGACAGGAAUUUAUCAGUUGCAAAGUUCAUCAGUCUAGCUGAGUUGAUUCCUGAACAAUCAAAACCUACAGAAGAUGGGAUGUAUAGAGCCUUAGACAUCUAUUUAAAGGCUCAUCCCAAUUUAAGUGACAUGGAGAGAAAGAAAGUUUGCAGCAUAAUGGACUGUCAAAGAUUAUCACGAGAAGCAUGUGCACAUGCAGCUCAAAACGACCGGUUACCAGUCCAAACUGUUGUCCAAGUUCUCUAUUACGAACAGCAAAGACUUCGCGAUGCAAUGAAUGGAAGUGAAACUGCAGAAUCACCUUCUAUUCACACCAAACUAAAUGUAUAUUCAGGUGAUAUUCAAGUUUCAAAUGAACUUACAAGCUUGCGAAGAGAAAAUGAAGACCUCAAAUUAGAGGUAGUGAAGUUGAAAAUGAAACUAAAAGAGAUCGAGAUUUCCACGCUUAAAUCAACUGUUAAAUCAACAGUAAAAUCAACGGUUAACAGUCCUAUUGCAAAUGCUUCACCUUCUCAUUCUCAUUCUGCUGAUAAGCCUCCACUACCUCGUAAAUCGUUUAUAAGUUCGGUUUCAAAGAAACUUGGGAAGCUUUCUCCUUUUCCACGUUUGGAUGGUAUUGUAUCUGCUAAAGGUAAAAUAAAACCAAACAAGAAUCGACGACACUCUAUUUCCUGAGGUCAUGAAAAUAAAUACAGGAGUACUAUGUUUUCUAGUUUUGUUUUUGCUUCAUUUGUGUGAUUCUGUGUAAAUUAUGUCAUCACGAUGUUAAAGUGGGAACCAUAUUGUAAAGGGUGGUGGUGAAAAAUAAAAUAUAAUUCUUGAGUUGGAUUGCAUUGCAA